UGUCCGCCCCAUUGCUCCACGACCCGUCACGCGAGCCGCUGCCAGAGUUCUAGUGCGCCCCAAUGGAGGUGACAGCUCAGAAGGUGUGACAGGGACAGCUUCUUCUGCCUUCUCACGGCAAAGUUUCGUAAAACUGCGGGAAAAGUAGGGGGACCCCCCCCCCCCCCCCCCAGCGGUUUUGUUCCGCGGUGCCACUCCGAGUUCUCCAGCAGGACGCGCGCAGUGAUUGCAGCCACCGCUAUGCCGACAGGCCUCAUGGCUCCACUGGGUCACGGGAGGCCGUCGUCGUCACCGCGUCUCGGCCGCGCCGACGCCGGGAGCGACGCCCGGAGCCGGAGCCAGGGCCUUGGGAAUGGAGCGCUGCCCGUGGGCCCUCGUGUGCCGCUGGCUAACGGCGCGGCGGCAACGGCGCACGGGCCCGGCCAGGGGAGGAGAGGCGCGCUGGCACCGAGGGAGAGGCGGCAGCAGCAGCAGCAGCAGCAGCGCCUGCCGGGGCCUCCCCACAACCAGGGCUUGCUGCAUGGCUCCCCGCCGAGCGGAGAGGACCGUCGGCCCGUGGCGGAGGAGCCGCCGCUGCCCAUCGGCUGGUCGGCGGAGCGCACGGCGCACGGGCGCCGCUUCUACAUCGACCACAACACGGGCACGACGCACUGGAGCCACCCACGCGAGCGCCACGGCCUGCCCCCCGGCUGGGAGCGCGUGCAGUCGCCUGAGUGCGGCACCUACUACCUGGACCACGCCAACCGCCGCGCACAGUACCGCCAUCCGCGGGCACCCAGUGAGCCCCACUACGAGGAGCCCCCCCCGGCGCCCCCGCUAUCGUCUCCGCCCCCCGCGACCUCCGGCCCCAGCGCGACGUCGCGCGGGGCGCGCCCCGCCGAGCGGCGUGCCGCCGCGCUCGUCCCCGCCAACCCGUACCGCGAGGCCAGCGUGCCCGAGUGGCUGCGCGCGUACGCACGCGCCCCCAGCAAGUACGACCACAUCCUCAAGUGGGAGCUGUUCCUGCCGGACGACCUGGAGGACUUCCAGGCCAUGCUCAAGCUGCUCUUCAUGAAGGAGCUGGAGGUGGUGGUGCGGCGCUACGAGCGCUACCGCCAGGCGCUGCUCAACCACCUGCGCACGCCGGCGAUGGCCAGCAAGGGCUGCGGCCCCGCAGGCGCCGGGGCCUGGAAACCGCGGGAGGGCGGCCGUGACCCCUGAAGACGGCGGAACCCCGGGGGGGGAACCCCGGGGGGGUGAGGGGGAGCUCGGCGGCGGCGUUGGGGGUUGAGAAGAAAGUUCGCGUCCACUCGACGGACGGACGGACGAGUUCCUGAGGCCCGUGCUUGGCACGAGAACGCUGCUCCCUCUCUCUCUCUGCCUGGAGCCGUGUGUUCCCACGCAAGGAUUGGAAAGUGCAGAAGAAGUGCGAGACACAACACGCAAACAACAACAACAACUGUCGGUCACCACGAAGUGGCGUUGACGUCACAACGGCGCUUGUGCCACGCUAGGUGCACACGCGAAGCUGCGCCAGUGCACACACAAGCCAGAGAGCCGCGUGGCUGCUGUUGAACGACGGCAGCAGGAGAAUUGGUUGAAGAGGGGAAAAAAACCCGUUACGAACGAGCGACGAGGCUUGGGGAGCGCGGCUCUCCAGACGACGAACGUCCGUGCCCCGCGGCGAGGCCCCUCGCGAGGCCCGGCCCAGAUGGAGCCGUCCCCCACGGGAGCCUCAGCCGUCUGCUGGCUCGGAGCGCGCGAGGCUAUCGCCGUGGACGAGGCGCGUCACUGAUGUCCACAUUUAUUUUUUUACAUCGGCGAAAUGUUCACAAAGUGUCGUUUAAUCUCAAAGGAACAUCGGGGUUCUCGGAGCCAGAGGCUGCUCAGACGAUGUUCCAAUAAAACGUCUGCGUGAACACACAUCCCCUUGGCCGGCCGCAUCUGCACGCGUAUCAGAUGGGCAGCGCGCUGUUUCUUAUUAAUGAGAGAGCACAGCCGCGGUGAGUCACGCGCGCGCGCCACGAGACGGCUCCGCGAGGAGGUCGCUGCUUCUUGCGCAGACGCGCGCAGCGGCUGCGUGGAAAGGCGUCCACGGAAAGGAUAGCGCUCUGUUUUGGCUGCGAUCCCUGGCCAGUGUCCAGAGAAUGAUAGCAACAAAAAAGUUAUAAAAAUACAAAAGGGUUGCUUUUCUCUCCACAAAGGUCGUCCAAGCGUGAAAAAACCCCCCGCGGGCUCUUCUUCUUCCCGCUACUGUCCACACGGGGGACUACUUCAAAGAGGGCGUUCCCGCAGCUGCAUUUCGGGAGAGGUGGAUCGAACGUCGAAUACGGAGCAGGAGGAAUGAGCCCUCGAACACGGCGCUGUUUUGCCUUUCGGAGCGACGCGGCGCAGAGCGCGGUCGGCCCCGAGAGCUCUCGGUGGCGACGGCGGCAUCAUCAUCAUCACUAUCGUGACGGAGAGCGGCGGAAAUGAAGAAAUGACGGUGGCCGCUGCAAAACACGAGGACUGCGGCUCAAAGUGAAACGAGUGUCAUUAGCAGCCGGUGGGGUUGGUGAUGACUUGACCGUAGGUCGAGUGCAUUGUUUGUAAUGUCAGUGCUAGGACAGCCCAGGCCUACAGCCAGAGGCACGGAGGGGUUUGGCCAGGCCCCAUUAAUUGACAAUAUAUUGCAUUACAUCAUUAAUUGACAAUAUAUUGCAUUACAUCAUUGAUUGACAAUAUAUUGCAUUACAUCAUUAAUUGACAAUUAAUUGCAUUACAUCAUUAAUUGACAAUAUAUUGCAUUACAUCAUUAAUUGACAAUAUAUUGCAUUACAUCAUCAUUGAUUGCCACUCAUAUUGGUAUGAACCGUAUGUAUGUUGAACUUCUUUCUCACCGUACACAGCCAAAAGCUAAAUUUGUAUAAUAUAUAAAAUAUUACUUUUCACUUCAUCAACAAAAAUACUGCAGCUUCCGUGUCACAGAGAAUGUGGAAUGUUCAAACAGAGUAAAGUGGGCGUAGGAUUUAAUGAAUUUUCAGUCAAAAACAAACAACACAAAAAAUCUUUCUUCUGUGACAAAAAAUGUGAAAAUGGGCUUAAUUCCACUUGGCAGAACGUGCGCUUGUGGAAGGUCGCCUUUGGCCAAUCGAGACGUUUGUCUCAAGCGGCUCCCACCUGGGUGCAACGUCCACGAGUGCAUGGAAGUUAUAACGGCCAAAUGUUUUGGGGAGAAAAUGCCUGCGUCGUGUCCAUUGUUUGCAGUAGAUUUUGGCAUCGUCACCAACAUAUGAAUCAGACCACAAAGUCUUCAUCGGGUUUCAUCAACCUGCAUCCGAUGCAACUGGCGAUGUCAAUUAAACGGACAGCAUCGUCUCUUCACGUGGGAACUCGCUGCUGCACCACAGUGAUACGGCACCAGAUGUCCGACUCUUUGACGCGGAAGAGACGUCCGCUUCAAACUCUUCCCCUCGGCUAUGAGCAACAUGCGCUUGGGCAGCAGAGCGGCGCUGCUUUAGCUCGGAGUGGCGCGCGAGCCGAAGGCGUGGUGGCAACACGAAGCGGGCCUGGGCGGUCGCCGCGACGGAGCACGGGGGAGCAGAUCGCUCUGCAGCGCAGCCUCGCUCCGUGUGUGUCGUUCACGACUCUCCUCCACUUGGCAGGCGGCUCCGGUGAUCGGAUUGCAAUAAAACGCAGCCCUAACAACUUUGGCAGACGAAGUCCUUCAGGGAGUACUGUGACGGCUCUUGAGCACAAGAGCCGUCACAGGGCGGAGUGAAAAUUUUGCGACAGGAAUAAAUGCCAGCACCUCUCUGGUCUGUAGAUUAAAUGACGCAGCUAUUCGCCCUCGGAAUUUAUGGUGGUAUACACGUCAACUGUCUAUCGGUUAAUUUCAGAGACGCAUCGCCACGUCGCGUGGGACAGAUCCGGGGUUGCGUUCAGCGGCGGUGCAGCUACCCCUCGUGAGCCACACUCCCAGAAGCCAACUGGGAAAAGAAAAUAAACCCAGCCGGCACAAACAAAGCCGUUCCGAGGAAAGACACAGAUUUCCACAGAAGAUGAUGACAGAGCAUCGAGCACAGAGUGUGGAAAGUUCUCUGCACCCCAGGGUGGAAGGGCAGAGGAAACAACUGACAGCUCUCCCACUUUCCUACGUCCGUCCGUCUGUUCCACGUUUCGCAAUCCUCACCAAGCCAACAGCGCCCAUUUACAGAGCACCCAACUACCACCGUAUCUCACGACGCAGGGCAGGAGCGCGGGACGCGCGUCAAAUGACAUAAGCGCGCGUAGUGUAUAAUACUACACGCACAUCAUGAAUGAUAUGGCUAUCCAACAGGGUGGCAACGCGGGCUGCAGUUUGUGAUUCACGUUGUUAGAGGAACAGCAGAAAACAGCAUCAACGGAGUCCAACCGCUGGCCGGCACAGUCUCCUAAACACCACGACUGCAGCGUUGCUACUUCACACACCCCGCGGCUUGCCGUACACCGUUGGCCUUCGUUGUAGUUCCCCCAGGGCAUCGGACUGCCUCGGUAAACGGCUUCAACUCGCGGUUGUGGAUGCUGGACCGCGACGUUUCAAUAUUCCCGAGUGCCGCGCUACGCGGUGGUGCGUGGCCCGGUGACCCCACAUGGUGACCCCACACGGUGACCCCACGUGGUGACCCUACACUGUGACCCCACACGGUGACCCCACGUGGUGACCCCACACGGUGACCCCACGUGGUGACCCCACAUGGUGACCUCAUGCAGUGACCCCACACGGUGACACCACGUGGUGACCUCACACGGUGACCUCACGCAGUGACCCCACGCUGUGACCCCACACGGGGGCUCGCGAGCAGCAGAGGCGGCGGCUGCGUGACGCCUCGAUCCAUCGGCGUGAGCGGGAGACGGCGCGCGUCCCAGCGCAGGAGUCGAACCCGGGCCUGACGUUGAACGGGGCUGUCGACGCGAUCGCAAAGGGGGCAUGGCACCACCGCAAACAUUCUUGAGUUGUCCGUGCAGUAUUAACUUGCUUUUUUUUUCCUUUCUCAGAAGCACUUUAAAUUUAAUCCAUGUUUUUGCGUGACAAAGUAGCGUACAGUCUAGCUACGUGACUUGUUUUAAAUGUUCGUGUUAAAUGUUUGUGUUAAAUGCUGCUAAACAGCCGCAACGUUGACAAAAACGAAGCGACUGCGCUCUUAGCUCGGCUUUGCCUUAACCUGAGGAAGCACGGGGGGUGUUGUCCGAGCUCGGCGACGCAUUUUGUCGAAUUGCCGUGCGGGCCGUCUUCACCGUGUCGAGCACUCGCGCGGAGGUGAACGAUUUCGACAAGCGAUGUACGACUUAUCUCUCGUCUUUAGUCAGAACGUGCUUCUCACGAGGAGUGGUUUGAAAUCGAUCCCGCCGGCAGUCUGUCACUUGGCAUCCCAUGUACACAUUGUGUUACGCAUUCCAUGCCCGUUUUCCUGGGAGAAAUGCAAUACACCUAUUUAGAUUUGUAUUUUAACCAAAACAUUCCGAAUCAAAUGUCCCCACGCUCUCUGGAGCAAGGCGUUGUGACCACCACCACCACCGUCGGCACUGCUCUCAAGCCGCUGAUGGAAACUUCACAUUCCGAUGUCGGGGGCGGCUGUGAGCUUCACAGGCACUGCGCACCAGCGCCGUCUCUCUCCGCACAGCUGUGCACCGUCUGCACGCGCCGGGCACCUCCUGGAGCCCACGGGGCCCGUCUCUGCCCGACUCCUCAAGGAAGCGGUUUCGCUUUCAUUUCCACCGAUUUCGGCUCGGCAGAGGCCCUCCUCCAGUUGCUUGCCACGCGGAUGGCUUCUAAGGACAAUGUUGAUAAUGAUGAUGAAGAAAAUAUUGUGCGACACUUUGUACAGUUUAUAGGACUAAGUGCAUUCUAAUAUUCAUAUAUUUUUAAAGACAGUUUUUUGUAAUGUAUGGCAAGCUCUACAAAAUAAAAUAAAAACAAAUGAAUUGAGACGUCUUCGCGUGCUGCCGUCUUAAAGACGCUGUUCGUCUUCU